UGCAAUAAUUUUGUACAUAUUCUUAAAUCUAAACUCACUCAUCCUGAAACAUGAAAUGGACUAAAGAAUCAACCUCUUAUAACUGACAAAUGCAGUUUAAAAUGUUUGAUUACGAUUAUGUGUUUUUCAAACAUCAAAUUCAACGCAACACAAAGCGUAUACUUUACUUUAUCUGCAUUUUAGUCAUCAUAAUAUAUCUAUCCAACGCAAAUAACAAAAGAGAAAAUUACCACUUUGAUUUUGUUUAUAGUAAUCUAAGUAAAAUAAUAGCUGAGAUAGAGAAAACAGGUACAACAUCAACAAAGCCAUUAAACAAUUUAACUUCAUCUUAUAGACUACUGAGAAAUCCUCGUCAUCGACAGUGCCAGUCAGAAUCUUGCAUGACUUUGGAUAUCAUAUACCUUAUCAAAUCUGCUGUUUUUAACUUUAGUCAAAGGAAAGCAAUUCGUGAGACAUGGGGCAAAGAUGGAGAUAUGCACAUACUAACAAUAUUCAUAUUAGGAUAUAGCGAAUCAGUGCAAUCACUUAUAGAGACGGAAUCAAUAGUUUAUGGUGAUAUAUUGCAGUUUGAUAUGCAGGAUAUAUAUGAUAAUCUCGUGUAUAAGACAGUUUUCUCUAUUGCUUGGUUAUGUGAUUCUAACAUCAUUACGAAAUAUGUCCAUUUUGUCGAUGACGACCGGAUGAUUAAUUCAAAAAAUCUUCUAAAACUAGCAUUAAAAAAUUUACACAAGUUUGACAUGAAAAUGAUAGGAUAUAAAGCUAACUUUGAAAACCCUUACCGCAGGAAAAAUUCUAAGUGGUAUAUAUCUGUUACGGACUAUGAAUUUGAUGUAUGGCCACCAUAUAUAAUUGGUGGUACAAUGAUCACAAAUUUGCACGUGAUAAAAACACUAAGGGAAGGGAUACCAUUUUCUAAAGUUAUUCGAAUCGAAGAUGCCUACAUCGGUAUAUUGGCAAACCUGCUAAGGAUUUCAUUGGAACAUAAUAAACACUUCACGCCAUUCUUCAUAUCAGGAUAUGAACUGAUUAACAAAAUAUCUAGUCCUGAUUACCGCAGCUACAAUACGAUGAAAAGGGAAUGGAAGGUUCUAAAUUCAGUCAGCAAUCUCACUAUCCGCAGAAACGGUAACUCAUAAUGAAAAAUCAGUUGAAUUGAACAUCGUGGGAAUUACUUUAAGCCCAUAAUUUUAACAAAAUAUAAAAUGAAACUAAUUACUUUGUAAAAAUAAUUCAUCUAUGUAAUAAUGAUUUGUAUCUUCAUUAGACCGACGACAAACAAUAAAGACAACUUUUCUUUUAA